UUUGAUCUUUUGUCUUUACAUUUUAUAGAGUGUUGCUGCUGAUGUGCCCAUGAUUGAUGAUGAUUUGGAGAAUGAACUCCUUGCCCAGCUGGAAAUGUUGAUGGAUACUCCGGCUAAAUCUGGAUCUGCCACAGAUAGUAAAGGGAAGGCAGUUGCCGAAGAAGUGGAUUUUGAUAUCAACCUUCCUACCCAGGAGCAGAUUAGUUUUGCGAUCAUGACCAUGCAAGAGCUCCUUGGUGGCGGUCCUUCCCAUUUUUGCAAGGUGCCGGACCAGCCAGCCGCCUUUGAAGCGACUCAAAAGAACAUGAGAGAAGAAUGGAGUUCAUGGCAAAACAACCUGUGUUGAUUUUUCUCUUAUGUAUCUUCUUGUCUCUUUGUUGGCUGGAAUUGCACAUUGUCAUGUUUGAACAUAUUGUUUGCGGCCUAUUGGCCAUGCAAACUAAUGCCACGUGUAAAAUUUUUAUUGGCUGGAGGAGUUUAAGCCAUGUCAGAUUCGGAUUCUGAGUCCCAUGACAGAUCAGCACA